CCUCGGCCCCGCGACCUCGGCCCCCGGCUACCGCCAAGAUGCUGCUUUUGCUGCUGGGCAUCAUCGUGCUCCACGUCUCCGUGCUGGUCCUGCUCUUCGUUUCCACCAUCGUCAGUCAAUGGCUCGUGGGCACGGGGCACACGGCGGACCUGUGGCAGAACUGCACCACCGGCAGCAUCUUCCACUGCGUGACGUCCUCCACGAACGAAUGGCUGCAGUCUGUCCAGGCGAUGAUGAUCCUCUCCAUCAUCUUCAGCGUCUUGUCCUUAUUCCUGUUCUUCUGCCAGCUCUUUACGCUCACCAAGGGAGGACGAUUUUACGUUACUGGAAUCUUCCAAAUCCUUGCUGGGCUCUGCGUGAUGAGCGGCGCGGCCAUCUUCAYGGUGCGGCACACGGACUGGCAUCCGCCCGCGGCUGACGUCUCCUUCGGCUUCGCCUACAUCCUGGCCUGGGUGGCCUUCCCGCUGGCCCUCAUCAGCGGCGUCAUCUACGUCAUCCUACGGAAGCGCGAGUGAGCCCGCGGCGGGGCCGCGCGCGGCCACUCCUGGCGUCCGCGGAGGGGACGGAGGCGGGGGAAAAGAGACGAGAAAACGGAAUAGAAAAUUAACCAAAAAACCCCAAAAACACCCACAGAGAAAAGGAAUAAACCCUCCCACCAACACCCAACCCCAAAAGGAAACACGCAAAGGGUUACUUGUUAAUUGAAGAUGUAUAUAGUAUCUAUGGUUUAAAAAACCUAUUUAUAACACUUUUUACAUAUAUGUACAUAGUAUUGUUUGCUUUUGUUGACCAUAUGCUAUGUUUUAAAGCCUAAAGAAAGUGCCUGAAGAACUAUUACUCCUAACAGUGUAACACCAGCGCGGUGGUUUUCUUUCAUGCAAAAUCUGCUUUGACCUGGUCCUUCUUUCCCAGCCCUAAAUGAAUCCUUAGGAGAGAGGAAAAAAGAAAAAAGAGGGGAAAAAAAAAAAAAAGAGCCCUGCCUGCUUUUAGGUUGGCCUGAAUCAGUGCUGCUCCCCUGACCAGGGCGGCCUCGCGCCGGCUGGAGGGCCGUCCCGCUGCGCGCGGUGCGGCGAUCCUCCCAGCCGCAGCGCGUGCACAGGUAUGAUGGGAGACGCUUCCCGGAGGUGCCAGGGCUUCUGGAGCGCCACCUUCACUUGUCCCAAGUGCCUAAAUGACUCGUGUGCCUGAGCGCCCUGGCCUCGCCAUCACACCCCCGUGGGAAUUUGGGCUCCCGACUCACUUAGGUGCCGGCCGCGCUGCUCGGGGCCGGUCCGUGCCGGGCCGCUCCGGCGGGUCCCCGGCCCAAGCGCUGGGAUGCUCGUGACCUYGGCGUGGGCUUUGGCCUUGCCGCCCGGAUAAGCUGCCGAUGGGAUGGACGCCACCCCGGCGUAGCUACGGAAUCCAAUACCAGAUAUACGAAAUGGUGCUAUCUAUUUACCAUUCCUUAUACUGCUAGCCAUUUAACCUUAUUCACUGGAAAUUCAGUUAACAACCUGGCAGUAAACACGACGCUAGAACCGUGAAAUAAUUCUGUGUAAUAUAAGUGACCUAUAACUGCUUUUUGUACUUAGAUGACUUGCUCUUGCUGUUAUUUUUAAUAAAGCAUUUAUAACCAAGGUCCCCGUUUUCCUCCCCUGUGGUCGAGAGGAGCAGAACCGGCUCCGGGGGGUGCCCCGCGGGUCUCCGCUGCCGGAGCGGGAUG